AUGGUCUUGUUUCUGCAACUGCUGCCACUCUUGCUGUUGAGGAAUCCAGGGGACCCUGGGACUGCACUGGACGGCCACCCGGGGGACCGUGUGAAUCUCUCCUGUGUCGGCGUCUCGCACCCCAUCCGCUGGGUCUGGGCGCCGAGUUUUCCAGUCUGCAGGGGUCUGUCCAAAGGUCGACGCCCCAUCCUGUGGGCCUCAUCGAGCGGGACCCCCACGGUGGCUCCCCUCCAGCUCUUCGCGGGCCGCCUACGCGCCCUGGACCCGGGCAUUCGACGGCUGGAGCUGCUCCUGAGCGCCGGGGAUUCGGGCACCUUUAUCUGCAGAGGCCGCCAGGAGGAUGAGAGUCGGACGGUGCUUCACGUCGUGGGGGACGGGCCCGACUGCAGGACCCCUCGGCCUGGGUCCUUGUACCCCCAGCUCUUGAUCCCGCUGCUGGGAGCCGGGUUGGUGCUGGGACUCGGGGCGUUGGGCGUGGUCUGCUGGCUCCGUAUCCCAUACAGGCGCUCGACCCCGCACCCGAUUCCACCACACCCCCAAUUUGCUCUAUCCCCCCCACAUAGUUCCACUCUCGGAAGAGCCCCAGAGGCCAGUAAAGGAGAUGGAGGAGCCUAG